AUGGGCCCCAAGAAGAAAGCCGCCGGUCCCGGUGGCCCCAAGCCCGGCACCAAGCAGGCCAAGGCAGCUGCGGAGAAAGCAGCUGAGAAGAAGCCCGUCGCAGAGGAGCCCAAGAAGCCGACAGUGAAGGAAGUGAUUGGCGGCGCAUCAUGGACAGGCAAGCUGCCCGUCAAUAUGUUGUCGGAGCAUUGUCAAAAACAGAAAUGGGAGAAGCCGGAGUAUAGCAUGAUUCAAACUCGCGAUGGAUAUGUGUCGGCCGUGACGCUGAAGAAAAUAGACGCGAAGACCAAAGAAUUGAUUAUCCUGCCUCCCAUGAAACUACCCCCAACGCAUAAAGAGUUAGCUGCCCAAGCGACGGCCCUGGAAGCUCGCCAUUUUGCCGCAGCCUUCGGCCUUUUCCGAGUAUGCAACAUGCGCAACCUUCAUAUGAUGAUGCCACCAAAAUACAAAACCCUGUGGCGAGAAGAGUUUGCGCAAAUCAAAACGGCCGAGACAAAAGAGGGCAAGGGUUGGUUAUACGAGGCGGAUCCAUUCCUCGCCAAGCAGGAACGUGAGAGUGCAGCGGCGGACUUGGAAAAGAAGAAAGCAGAGCGUGCAAAAAUGCAGGCCAAAGAGAAGGCCUCCGGGCCGGAACUUGGCUUGGGAAGUGGUGAUGCCAAGGGGAAGCGGAUUUGGUCGCAGGCUCCCAAGGUGGAUAUGGGUACUCGCAUUCGACGCGAGAUCGAGGGCCUUUUGCGGCAACAUACUGUCUGGAAUGUAUAUGGGGUGAAGAUCCCCGAGCAGGAGAAGAGCAGUAUCGUCGAGGAGUUCUCCCGCUUGGGCUUCCGCCGCAGCCACGUUGAAGAGGCCGUUGUGGAAUGCAAAGACCGCGAAGAAGUCCUGGAGUGGCUGUUGGUUUACGUGCCCGAGGAUGACCUGCCUCAAUGGAGUUUACCCGAGGGAUACUCGGCCGGCGUCAGUCUCGCCGCUGGUGAUCUCGCUCGAGAAGCCAAGAUCAAGCGCCUGGCCGCCAUUGGCUACCCAGCAGAUCUAUGCUCGCAGGUGCUCGAUAGCAAGAGCGGCGAUGAACUGGCAGCGGCAGAGUCUCUACAAGGAACUCUUGCACAUGGAUCCACGUUCACAUCCGCCUCGAUCCCCGAGGGUGAUGCUGGGGCUUGGACGGAAGAACAAGAAACCCUCGAGGCCAUCUUUGGCGAGCGCUAUGUGCGUGUGUCCCCUCGAGUCUGCGAGAUCAAAAGCGAGGCCCCCGAAAUUCCCGAGAACACAAUAUUCCGCUUCCAAGAGCCAUCUAAUCAUUAUCCCACGGUGCCUCCGAUCAUUUCAAUCCAAGCAAAGGGGAUUCCGGCAUAUAUUCGGCUCAGCGCAAUCCGUCAGGCAGUGCAGUACUCUGAGGAAAACUUCUCUGGAGAAUCUAUGAUUUUCAACAUCCUGGAUUGGCUAGAAGUCAACCUCCCUGCUGUCAUGGAUAAUCCCGGUAAACUCCGCGAUAUCUCUUCAGUGACUUCGUCUGCCGCGACAGAAACUCGAGACAUUCCAGUACGGACUUCGCGUAGACAGCGGAGGGGUAUUGAUUGGAAGCCCAACUCCCCGCAAAAUCAGGCGAUCCGUGAAGCGUGGGAGGCCAAGCAAACCACACCGGCGCAAGUUGAUAUGUGCCGAAAGCGAAAGGCUCUUCCUGCGUGGAAUACGCAAGAGGAUAUUAUCUAUGCGGUUGACAAUUACCAGGUGACUAUCAUCUCCGGGGAGACUGGUAGCGGUAAGAGUACUCAGUCGGUGCAGUUUGUACUGGAUGAAAUGAUCAGACGUGGACUCGGAGGCGCUGCAAAUAUCAUCUGUACUCAACCACGCCGAAUUUCAGCCCUUGGACUUGCAGACCGAGUCAGCGAUGAGCGGUGCGCAACUGUAGGCGAUGAGGUUGGAUACGUGAUCCGUGGCGAGUCGAAGGCCAAGCAGGGUGUGACCAAGAUCACUUUUGUGACGACCGGUGUCUUGCUACGUCGGAUUCAGUCCGGCGGAGAUGCAGAUGGGAAUGUUGCCAGCUCUCUAGCUGAUGUCUCGCAUGUGGUAGUUGAUGAAGUUCACGAGCGAAGUUUGGAUACCGACUUCCUCCUCGCUUUGCUUCGUGAUGUGCUGCGCCAUCGCAAGGACCUGAAAGUCAUUCUGAUGUCUGCUACCCUCGAUGCAAAUAUCUUCAUGGACUACUUUGGUGGCUCAAAAUCCGUCGGUCUAGUCAAUAUCCCCGGGCGUACAUUCCCCGUGCAGGACUACUACUUGGACGAUGUGAUCCGAGACACUGGCUUUGCUCCUGAGUUGAGUGAAAGCUUUGAGGAUGAAGAUGAUGCUCCUCAAGGGGAAGCGUCAUUGGGCAAGGCACUACGAAGUGUUGGAAUGGGCAUCAACUAUGAUUUGAUCGCAUCAACCGUUCAAUACAUUGACGACCAACUAGGCGAUGAACCAGGAGGCAUCCUGAUCUUCUUACCUGGUACUCUGGAGAUUGAAAGGUGUUUAAAUGCAGUGAAGAGGAUUCCCAACGCCCAUCCACUCCCCCUCCACGCAUCUCUACUUCCAGCUGAGCAGCGCCGAGUCUUCCAAAGCCCUCCCAGAGGCAAGCGCAAGGUCAUCGCCGCCACCAACGUUGCUGAAACCUCUAUCACUAUUGAAGACGUAGUCGCCGUCAUCGAUACCGGCCGUGUCAAAGAAACCAGCUACGAUCCGAAGGACAACAUGGUUCGUCUUCAGGAGGUCUGGGCAUCCCAGGCAGCCUGCAAACAGCGCCGCGGUCGUGCAGGUCGUGUGCGUGCCGGUAUAUGCUACAAGUUAUACACCCGCAAGGCCGAGUCCAACAUGGCGCAACGGCCAGACCCUGAGAUCCGCCGUGUACCACUCGAGCAGCUCUGUCUAUCCGUUAAGUCCAUGAAGGGUAUCGACGAUGUCGCAAACUUCCUAGCGAAUACCAUCACCCCACCAGAAAGCAUCGCUGUUGAAGGCGCGCUCACUUUCCUACACCGAGUCGGCGCCCUAGACCACGACCGUCUGACAGCUCUGGGUCGCUACCUCUCCAUGAUCCCUGCGGACUUGCGCUGCGCGAAGCUCAUGAUCUACGGCUCCAUCUUUGGCUGUAUGGAAUCCUGUCUCACCAUUGCAGCUAUCUUGACCGUGAAGAGUCCAUUCGUCUCUCCGCGUGAGAAACGCGAGGAAGCCGAUGCUGCAAAGGCUGCAUUCUCCCGCCCCGGCGAUGGAGACUUGCUCACCGACCUUGCCGCGUAUCAGUCAUGGACCGAACGGGGCCGAACCCAGGGGUUUUGGCAGACGCAGUCCUGGUGUGGUGCGAACUUCCUGUCUCACCAGACGCUACGAGAUAUCUCAUCCAACAGGGCGCAGUUCGUAACCUCGCUCAAGGACGCAGGCGUUCUGCCUGUGGAUUAUAACGAAUCUGCGAUAGCACUCAAUCGCAACGGCGCGAAUAAGAACCUCCUUCGCGCACUAAUUGCAGGCGCAUUCCAACCGCAAGUUGCCCAGAUCUCGUUCCCGGAUAAGAAGUUCGCCAGCUCGGUCACAGGUACUGUGGAAGUUGACCCCGACGCGCGGACAAUCAAGUACUUCAACCAAGAGAACGGACGAGUCUUCAUUCAUCCGAGCUCGAUCCUAUUCUCUGCACAGGGCUACCCCAACGCAGCGGCUUACUUGGCCUAUUUCACAAAGAUGGCGACAAGCAAAGUAUUCGUUCGCGAUCUUACCCCAUUCAACGCCUACUCCCUCCUCCUCUUCUGUGGCUCAAUCACCCUCGAUACAAUGGGCCGCGGUCUAAUCGUAGACGGCUGGCUCCGACUACGUGGGUGGGCCCGCAUCGGUGUGUUGGUAUCGCGAUUGCGGACGAUGUUGGAUGAAGCACUCCAGGCACGCAUUGAUAAUCCAGCGUUGGGAUCAAGUGGUGGCGCUGGGGAUCGAGUUAUUGAGGCUGUGAAGAAGCUGAUUGAGCUGAAUGGGCUGGAUCAGUAA